AUGGCUGGCCUGGCUGCUGGCUGCGAAGGGUGCCCGGGGCGCAGCCUGUGUCUAGCAGCAAAGGGAGGCGCAGCAGCAGCAGCAGCAGCUUCUGCUGCAGCAGAGCCAGGAGCAGCAGCAGCAGCAGAAUCCGCGCAGCAGCAGCAGCAGCAGCAGCCAAAGAAUCCUGAAGUCGCUCAGAAGUUGAAAAACGUAAAAAAGAAAAUCAUCAUCCUCUCGGGGAAAGGAGGCGUCGGCAAGUCCACAGUGGCUUCACAGCUAGGGUGGACGUUGAACAGCGAGGGUUUGGCCGUGGGGCUGUGCGACCUGGACCUCUGCGGCCCUUCGCUGCCGCUGAUGCUGCAGCAGCAAGCAGCAGAAGUUUUCCAAAGUGCUGACGGCUGGGAGCCCGCCUUCGUCCGCCCAGACCUCUGCCUCAUGUCCAUAGGCACGCCCGAGGCGUUUCUGUUGCCGGAAGCCGACAGCGCAGUCAUCUGGCGAGGCCCCAAAAAGAAUUUAUUAAUUAAAUCCUUUUUGGCCAAUGUCAACUGGGGAGACCUCGACUUCCUCCUCGUGGACACACCCCCAGGGACUUCGGACGAGCACAUCUCUCUGGCGGCCCUUUUGGAAGCCGACGGGGCCCUCAUCGUCACAACUCCUCAAGAGGCGGCGCUGCAGGAUGUUCGCAAACAAAUCAACUUCUGCCGGAAGGUGAAGCUGCCAGUGCUGGGAGUGGUCGAAAAUAUGGCGGAGUCCCUUUUCGCCGAAGGGCCCAACAAAGGGGGCGCGCAGGUACCAGUGGCUAGCUAG